CGGAAGAAAAACAAUGUGUUGAAUAAGAACUUGUGUUUUGGUUGAAAAUCGCCAAAAAUGUUCCUCAAGCAAUUUGCCCGCCUAUUAAAACCAUCGGCACUACGGCCAUUUACAGAAUCAAUCCAGCGCGCUGCACCGUUUACGACGACUUUCCACCGAUGGAACAGCACCAAUGCGGCCGUAUCGAUUUCAGCCAAACCCAGCACAACCGAUGUCGUGAAUAAGCAGCUGGAAACGGGAACGGAGGGCAGACUGUUCGCCGUUGUCCAGCUGUGCGGUAAACAGUUCAAGAUUACGGCGGGAGACAUUGUUGUCGUGGAAGGUUACUGGCCGCCGGAGAACGGAGACAAGUUGCGGUUGGAUAAGGUGCUGCUGGCCGGUAGCACCGACUUUUCUAUCGUCGGUCGACCAUUGUUGGCCCCGGGAUUGGUGGAUGUGCAGGCCACCAUAAUCGAGAAAACGCUGUCCCACACACGGACCCAUUUUCGCAAGAAGCGAAGAAAGCAGUACAUGCGAAUCAACUUCUACCGCACACAGCAAACGAUGGUACGCAUCAAUUCGAUCGAAAUCACGCGAAAGCUGGGCGCCGCUGCGGGGAAGCCAGAGUCCAGUGAAGAUAGAUUUUUUUAAGUGAAAUCAUUGUAAGGUGAACCAACCUGAAAUAGCGACAAUUAAAUAAACAUA